GGACGUCAGUCGCCUCCCCCACGCGCGCGAUGGGCUCCGAGGCGGCGCAGCUGGUGGAGGCUGCGGACUUUGCGGCUCGCAAGCACCGACUGCAGCGGCGGAAGGACCCCGAAGGGACCCCCUACAUCAACCACCCUAUCGGUGUGGCUCGGAUCCUGACCCAUGAGGCGGGAAUCACUGACAUUGCGGUGUUACAGGCAGCCCUGCUCCAUGACACAGUGGAGGACACAGACACCAGCUUGGAUGAGGUGGAGCGGCACUUUGGGGCGCAAGUGCGGCGGCUGGUGGAGGAGGUGACAGAUGACAAGACUAUGCCCAAGCUGGAGAGAAAGCGGCUGCAGGUGGAGCGCGCACCCCACAGCAGCCCCGGGGCCAAACUGGUGAAGCUGGCAGACAAGCUGUACAACCUGAGGGACCUGAAUCGCUGCACCCCAGAGGGAUGGUCUGAACAUCGAGUCCAGGAAUACUUCGAGUGGGCAGCGCAAGUGGUGAAGGGGCUUCAGGGAACAAACCGACAGCUGGAAGAUGCUCUAAAGCAGCUGUUUAAGGAGCGGGGGCUGACGCUCUGAGCAGUCCUUGGAGCCAUCAGGGGCCCAAAUUCCAGCCUUGGCCGGGCCAGAAAGAUUUCCUGUUCCCGCCUUUCGGUGCCUCUCCAUCUCCCUCCCUGACUGGUUCAGCCCAGAUACAAGAGGCCAAGAGACACUUGCGUCUUCUCACUCUGAAGGUGUCCUGCCGACUCAGCUGAGCCCUGGAUUGUGGAAAAAAGAUCCUAAUGCCCUUACUGCCCUUUCUCCAGGCUUCGGUCUGUUUGCUAUUUUGUAUGAGCGAACUCUGGCCCCUCAGGGACUUGGGCUUCCAUAAACACUAGUUCAUAAGUCAUUAUGUAAAAAUAAAGCAUUCUGGGUAAAGCGUUAA